AUCGGAUGGGUGUGGUAGAGACAUAAAAGCCAGGUACUUCUCAAAGCCUGAGUAUAUUUGUGCAGACGUUUCAUGAUCAGCUGUUUUAGGGAGCGACAUCAUUUGUGUCUUCUAUCGUUAGUUAGACACAGAAAACAUUGUCAAUGGCGUCAGAAGACUAUGGGGAAAUGAGCGGGGAGGAUAUGUGUGAGUACCUGAAAGAAAAAGGACUUGGAAAGUGGGCAGAUAAAUUUAAAGAAAAGUCUGUCAUCAAGCUGUGGGAGCUCAAUGAUGAUGAUUUUAUGUCUGAGAUGGGCAUAUAUAAAGUUGAGGAUCGUCAGAAAAUCUUGGACAGUAUCUUGAAGAUCUGGCCAGCAGCUCCCAAGGUGUUUAAUGAUCCAAUCCACGGAAGUAUGGAGUUGCACCCUCUUCUUGUCAAAAUCAUCGACACGCCUCAGUUCCAGAGAUUAAGAUACAUCAAGCAGCUGGGAGCGGGCUAUUUGGUUUAUCCUGGAGCCUCCCACAACCGCUUUGAACACUCAAUUGGGGUGGGGUACUUAGCAGGAGAGCUUGUGAAAGCUCUGAAGGAAAAGCAGCCAGAACUCAACAUCAAUAAGAGAGACAUCCUUUGUGUUCAGAUCGCUGGGCUAUGCCAUGACCUGGGACAUGGACCCUUUUCCCAUCUGUUUGAUAAAAUGUUCAUCCCCAAAGCAACACCCCCAUCUGGUCCACGACGUGAACAAAUGAAAACCUGGAAGCAUGAGGACGCCUCUGUAGAAAUGUUCGACCACAUGGUGGAAUCCAAUGUGGAUCUGCAGUGGAUGAUGAAGGCAUGUGGCAUGCUGCCCAAUGAUGAGGUCUUCAUCAAAGAUAUGAUUCAACCAAAAAAGAAAUGGCCAUAUAAAGGCCGUCCAGAGGAGAAGUCCUUCCUCUAUGAGAUUGUAAACAACAAAAGAAACGGCAUUGAUGUGGACAAGUUUGACUACUUUGCCAGGGACAGCUACCACCUGGGCAUCAAGAACAACUUUGACCAUGGCCGCUUCAUAAAGUUUGCCAGGGUGUGUGACGUGGACGACCAGAAGGGGGCCGAGCAGAAGGGGGACGGGCAGAAGGUGGACGCGCAGGAGGUGGACGGGCUGGAGGUGGACGAGCAGAAGGGGGACGAGCAGAAGGUGGACGGGCAGAAGGUGGUCAGGCAGAAGCACAUCUGCACUAGAGACAAGGAGGUGAACAACCUCUAUGACUUGUUCUACACGAGGUACUCUCUCCACAGAAGAGCCUACCAGCACAACGUGGUUAAGAUCAUAGAGUAUAUGAUCACAGAGGCCUUUCUAUUGGCAGACGAGCACAUCCAGAUUGAAGGCUCAGGAGGGGAUAUGUUCACCCUCUCCACAGCAAUAACUGACAUGGAGGCCUACACCAAGCUGACAGAUUGUGUAUUUGACCAAAUACUCAACUCCACAGGCACAGAGGAUAAUCUCAUAAAGGCAAGGGAGAUUCUAACAAACAUCGGCGAUCGUAAACACUACAGGUGUCUGGGUGGAAUCAAGCCUAAAAUCCAACCCAAGGGGAUACCUCAGUUGAAAAAGGACCUGUUUCCACAAGAGGGAGUUCAGGCUGACGGGCUGCCAAAGGAGGACUUUGUAGUUUUACCUGUUACUAUGGACUAUGGGAUGAAGAAAAAGGACCCCAUCGAUAGUAUGGACUUCUACAGCAAGAAAACCCAUACCCAAGCAUUCAAAAUCAAGAGAGAAGAGGUGUCGAGGCUUCUCCCAGUGCACUUCUCUGAGACGCUCUUCAGGGUUUACAGCAGGAAGAUUGAUCCUGAAAGUCUGAGAGCUACCAGGGUGCGAUUGGAAGAGUGGAUCAGAGUGAGGAAUCGACGGCAUCCAGUGGAGAGCCACUGUCUCCUCACACAAUUUGGAUGAAUCUGAAGUUUUGGAAAAUGGAAGUUACACCUGAAAAAAUAAAGAAAACACUUCCUGGCUCUCCUUGGUUCAUACUGAUUGAAGGUGAUCGAGAAAUUUGAUCAAGUGAGUAUGUGACUUAACGACUUAAAAGUGAAUGAGGAUGCAUUAUGCACAAUUGGGCCAUAUAUGCAGUUUUUAGAGCCCUGUUUAAUAUUAUACACUAAUCUAAGUGGAAAUGUGAUCAUUUUAAAUCAGCUUUAAUUAAGAAUCUUUGUUUAAUACCAUAUUAUGGCUAUUUGAAAUGUAAUUUUAGGUGUGAUUUAGGGAUUUUAAAUAUUUAGUGGUGUUUGUUUAAGAUAUCCAUCGUGUGAAUUAAUGUGGUAACCUGAUUAGAUAUUAGAUUGUUUUGGGUGUUUGUAUUUGUUUUUAAUCUAUCAAUAUGAAAUCAAUAUCAUUACUAUUACCAUUAUAUAUUACUAUUCAUACUGUAGUUAUACAAUGUAGCUUGCUUCAUUCAAUGUAACCAUCUGUAUGAAUGUGGUUAACUUAGGGUAUAUUUCUGUUUAUGGUCAUGGUGUGAAAAUGUUGUGAUUUGUCAUGUAAUGGGACUUUUGAGGAAAACCUACAACAAUAUUUUCAACUUUGUUGCUGUUGAGAUUGGGUUAAUAAAAAUGUGUUUCUUCUUAAUUUGAAAUCAAUUAAAUGUUGUGUUUAUU